AUGGAGGUUGCCAUAUCUACAGUCGCGGGUGAACUAGUGAGUCGUUUCAUCUCCUUCCUGAAAAACAAGUACCACUCCUUGAGCCAUGCGCAAUCAGAGAAGAUGGUGGAGAGAUUGCAGCAUCUUCUGAUGAGGGUCAGCAUCGUCGUCGAGGAGGCAGAUGGGCGGUACAUAACCAACUCUGGGAUGCUGUUGCAGCUCAAGAUGCUCUCAGGGGCCAUGUACAAUGGACACCGUGUGUUGGACACCUUGAGAUACCAAAACCUCCAUGACAUUGCAGGCUUUGAGAAGGUUAGCAUCAAUGACUCAUCUCGCAGCAGCUUGUAUUUAGCCAUACCUUUCGAGCGUUCUCAGACAAAAACUGAGAUGGAUGACAAGGCCAUGCGCCUUGAUUCAGAUGGUGCUUUGGAAAGCUUAGAAAUUGUUGUUACUAACAUGACAGAAUUUGCUGUGCUUCUGGGUGGAUGCGAGCGCAUGUCUCGUAUGCCAUAUGAUGUUUAUUUUUACAGCAACAACUUCAUGUUCAGUCGACAUGCUCAAAAGCAAAGGCUCUUGAACUUCUUGUUGGGGCACAAUGACUCUCCUGGUGAUCAUGCACUGGCAGUUCUUCCAAUCAUAGGUGGUGUUGGAGUUGGGAAGAAAACAUUGGUUGCUCAUGUUUGUGGCGAUGAAAGGGUUCGCUCACGCUUCUCCUCUAUUUUGCACUUAAAUGGAGAUAGCCUAUUGACGAUACUUGACCAUGGAAGGACCAUGUUUGGGACGACAUUGGUAGUUAUUGAGUUUAAUUCUGAUGUAGGUGACGAUGACUGGAAAAGGUUUCACUCAUUUCCAAUAAGAAUCAGCAGAGGAAGCAAGAUCAUCAUUAUAAGUAAACUUAAAACAUUAGGCCGGUUUGGUUCAGUGCAACCUAUUUUCCUAAGUGUUCUGUCUUAUGAUGAGUUGAGGUACCUUUUCAAGACAUUGGCAUUCGGGAGCGUAGACUCCGCAGAGCAUCCACGACUAGUACAAAUAGCAGAUGAGUUUGCCAAGGAGUUGCACAGUAUGCAAGGCACACUUGUUGCAACAAAUAUGUACGCGGAUGUGUUGAGAAGGAACCUUGAUGUCCAGUUCUGGCUUUGCAUAUUGGACAAGGGAAGAAGAUUUAUUAAAAGAAACCUCUCCAUAUAUGGUGUGCACCCAACCACGCUUCUAGAAAAAGGCCAUCCGGUGGACAUAACGGACGUUGCUUUGCAUCCACUUAGCAUGAGACGUUACACAAUUAAUGUUUCAAUCAAGGAGGAACUACCAAGUGUGACAAUGGGGGAACUUCUAACAGAUCCUAAUGUUAGACCCAAAGAAGAUUUCAUUCUAAUUUCAUGGGAAUCAAGGAUGCCCCCUCAUACCUCAUUUGCUCGUCUUGUUACAAGUAAUGCUCAGGAGGCACAUGAAGGUAAUGCCUUGCCAGGGAGGAAGCGACGAGAAGUGCCACCAUAAUUAUGUCUCAAAACUCAUGUAAUGUAACUCAGUGUGGAUCCUUUUGUUUCAUGUGGCCAUGUACAAACUGCUUUAAGGAUUGUUAUUAUAUAUACCAUCCAGCUAAAUGUAUUAAUUAGCUUCUAGAUCACGGUCAAUACAACCCCUCCGUGCCCCCUCUUACAUAACCAACAAAAGCAUCUGAGGAGGAAAUCUGUACCACUAGCACCAACUAGUCUUCGUAUGGUAUUGGUAUGAUUGCUAACUGAUGAAACCAAAAUUAUACAACGGGAAAGAGAUCUAUGCAUAGUUCUGGUUAAUAUUUGUGAUUGUUGAUACCAUGUUGGGGAUUCAAGCUUGCAAUCUACAAACCAAUACCAACAAAUAUUAUGCAUGUGUGUGUGACUCCAUGGUACCACUCCAUCCAAUCGAGCAACCGCAAUGCUUCAUUGAACAUAUAAAUGAUGAAAGGGUAGCAGCCAUUCUCAGGCCAUCCACGUGUCCAGGCUUUGCAAAUCUCGUUCGUUUUCACCUCAGUCGCUGCCUAGCCUCUGUCGAUGACGCCUGGGCCCGGUCAUGUGGCCCUUUGCUGGCGAGCGGCUGGAGCGAGCAAGCCCGUUACCUACCCCGCGUCUCCCUCGUGACCCCGCCUCGUCUCCGUGACCCCCGCCUCCUCUCCUGCCGCCGCCACCGCCGGCGCUCAAGGUGCAGCAGCGGGGGUGCCAGUUCUCGAUCCGCCGGGUCAGGAGCAGAUGUUGACGGGGGCCUGGCGGGUGUGGCGGCGGCUGGAAGGGUAGCACCGGCCUGUGGGGCGUCGACCGGAACGGCAGCGACCUCCAUGGAGAAGAAGAGUCCGGCAGGUUCGUGCAGACAUGAGAGUCUGGGGUGGGCAGAUGGUGGCCAUCCGAGUUUCUUCAAUCGAUCUGGACAGUGCCAUGGCAGUGUACGCAAGGGCUGGAGGUGAGCGACCCUCUGGAGCUACACAUAUCGACAGGUAGCAGCCGUGCCCCUCUGCUCACCUUCUCUUCUCCCCUCCUUGCGUCCUGGGCAUCUUCCUCUCAAAGUAUGUUCUAAGUAUAUUGCAGGUGAUGGGCUGCUGACUUUUAUUAUGCACUUGUGCUGAUUUUGAGUGACUUCCGCUUCAUUUGAUAUCUGCUGUACAAGUAAUGGCACUAAUAUAAUUGAUAGCAAAUUAAUGGAUUUGCUAGCA